GCUUCAAGGACAGUGUUGGGGAGGUGCAGUAAAGAACUCUUCGAGACCUAAACUCCAGCAAUGGAAACCCCAGAGCAAACCUCUUCCUCUGCUACUUCCUCUUACUACGGCUCCUCGCCACUGCCACCGUCAGUUUCGCGGCUAUGGAGACCGGCGGCUCAGCGAAAUUUGAGAAACCAGUGGUCAAAGUUAGCCUCUUACAGGCCCCAAUGGGUGUCUUCUUCCUCUUCUGGGAGAUCUCACGCUACUUCCCUUGUCAACGCUUAUCUCUCUCAAAAAUACAUGCCUUCAAUGGAGCUGGGGUCCCUAAAUGAUAUGCCAGAUAUUCGGAAGAAAGCUUGUUCCAAAUUGUUUAAACAACAGGAGCUUCAUAGGAGCAAACUUUUGUCAUCCUACAAGGAUAUGGUGACUGUUGUAACUCACAUGGUCAACACUAGUAGAUCCAUGAGAUGCUAUGUCAAAGGGACAGGCAGUAGUCCUAUUCUGCAAUUUUCUAGUAGUUCUGAGGAUAAUAAUGACACUGGUGAUGGUGCUGGGAUUCCAGUCUUUGCAUUUUGGCCAAUUUCUUCAUUUGAGCAGUUAGCAGAGGAGCUUGUUCAAAUGUUUAUAUCUGAGCUCAAUUUGAAGAGACUACUUGUAGUGGAGUUGCUUACAAUUAGCUGUGAGGUUCCACAAGUCAAUGAGUUGUAUUGGUCAAAUGAGCUUUAUCCAGGAGAAUUUGAUGAUCUGAGCAUUUGCAACUUGUAUUCGAAGGAAACCUGUAAACCAGUGCCUCCAAGAUUGGUGGAAGGGAAGUAUGAUAUGCGUAACAUGCAAUUCAAGAGUCAACCAAAUGAGGAUAUUUUGCAGGUUUACCUAACAACAUGGCUGGCAGAGGUGAAUAUAGAUAUCCAUAGGGUGGAUGAAAUAUUUGCAAUUAUAGGGGAGGAAAUGCAUGUCAACUUAUCGUGAGCUCUUUCCCUAAUCAUGCACCAUAGUGAGAUGAGGCUAUCAAUGCUAAUCCUUCACCUUAUGACCAUCUGGGCCAACAUCUCGAUAGUCUUUUGUCAAGGCAAGCUUAAAUUAGGUAAGGUGCUGGAUCCCAAGAGCGGAAGGAAACUAUUUAACCAAGUAGGUACCAUCUUCCUUACUACUAGUAGCAACCUGCUUGUAUGUUAAUCACAAACAAGGCAUCAAGGGGUACUGUUGAGAUUGCGUAACAAUAAGCAUGUUUGUUCAGGACUCUUAAAUGAGAGGAGAUUGAGAUGUGACAGAAAUGGAAAUUUAAUUCUAAGAAGCUGUGUAUUCUCUUUAAAAAUAAGUCCCAAAAAUAUAGGGGAAAAUACAUGAAAUGGAAAUAACAAUGUUUACCAUUUUACAUGAUCCUUCUUUUCCUCCUCUAUUUCCUAUUUCUUGUAAGAUUUAACCAAACAAGAACCGAGUAUCUUUCAUUAUAGUGUCUUUUUUUCCUGUUAA